AGUCGCUUUUCCUCACUCUUUAGAUUUCGUGUAAACUCACAGAAUGAAAGAUAAGACCACACCCAAAGAUAGACCCCAUCAAAAGAACAACUCUUCCUCUCCAAUCUUCGCACCGUCAAGGUGUUUUUGAAUUUUGAAGUCUAUCGGUGUGACGUUGUUGUUUAAUGAAACGUGCUCCUAUUCGGUUUGAGGUCUAAGCUAAGCGGUGUUAAUUGGACCAUUUUAUUUAUUUAUUUAUUUUUGCUUUGGAAAGGUUUUGUUUGUUGUUGAGUGUUGUUGGCACAUAAAAAUAAUGGCAUCGUCUCAUGGUAAUGCGCACUCGGAAGCGGCAAAGAUGGAACAAAUAAUCACUGAGUUCUUCGCAAAGAGUCUUCACAUAAUACUUGAAUCGAGGGCACUUUAUGUGUCAUCGCGUAAUUCAUGUGGUGAUCAACCUGUGUCAUCUCCAUGUUCAUCUUCUUCAUCUUCAUCAAGUGUGAGGCCGAGGGAUAAAUGGUUCAAUUUGGCUCUCAGGGAGUGUCCUGCGGCGUUAGAGAACAUUGAUCUCUGGCGCCAGACAAAUCUUGAGUCCAUAGUGAUUGAUGUGAUUUUGGUGCAGAGGCCUCUGGAUUGGGACCCCGUUACCAUGAGUUUUUCUCCAAAAAGGGUUCUUCCUAGGAGUUCUUCACUGAAAGAAAGAUACCCAUUUUGCUGUAAUACUGAUCAGGAAGAAUUGGGUAUUGAGGGUAAGAGUGAAAAGAUUGUAGAGAGAUGGGUGGUGCAGUAUGAGAGCAGGAAGACAAGGGAUUCUAAUUCUGGUAGUAGGAGGUCAAGCAAUAUUUCUUUGCAUAACUUGUAUAAGAAAUCAACUUUGCUUUUGAGGUCUUUGUAUGCCACUGUUAGACUUUUACCUGCCUAUAAAAUCUUCAGAGAGCUUAAUUCAUCUGGACAGAUUCAUGCCUUUACCCUUGCUCACCGGGUAUCUUCUUUUGUAGAGCCCUUCACCCGUAAACAAGAGGCAGAGAUGCUGAAAUUCGGGUUCACCCCUGUGGAUACUUCUUCUGGUAGGCUCUGCCUUAUGGUGAUGUAUUGCCCCUCAGCCUUAGAUGUUAGCUCUGAACCAUCAACUCCUUUGUCCCCCCAAGUUAUAAGUGACUAUGUUGGGAGUCCAUUGGCUGAUCCUUUGAAGAGGUUUCCCUCACUUCCUGUGGCAGGAUUGCCAUCGCAUGGCUCGCCGUCAUCAUUGCCAUCUUCUAGACGACAUAGUUGGAGUUUUGAGAAUUGUAGAGCCUCACCUCCUUCCAUUACUUAUUCACCUUCGCCUACACAUUCAGAAUCACACACAUCGGUGUCCAAUGCAAGUUCUCGGCGUCUUCCACCUGCAAGUUUGCCUCCUCAUCCAACUGAGAUGUCUUUGGUUCAGAAGAAGAAUACAAGUUUUGAUGAUUAUUAUCCCUCUCCAUCACUUUCAAUCCACAAUUCUGGGUCAUUACCUUCUAAAACACUUUUACGAUCUGAAAGUGCUCCAGUCAGCAUACCUACUGCUGAAGUUGUUAAUUCCCCUAGAUACUCCAACAGGCAUAAUUUGCCUCCAUCUCCUCCCCUAAGAGGUUCAAGGUGUAAUUAUAAGACUGAUAUAAAUGCGAACAUGAUGCAAACAGGUGCAACAGCUGAGAAGUUGUUUUCUCUUGGAAAAGAUGAGUCUCGAAAAUAUUCUGGAGUCAAGAUAUCAGCCAACAGCUCUCCACAGAUUUCAAUUUCCAGAAGCUCCAGUAGGUCUUAUCAGGAUGAUUUUGAUGAUACUGAUUUUACUUGUCCGUUUGAUGUGGAUGAUGAUGACAUGACAGAUCCAGGAAGCAGAGCGGAAUCUUUUGAUCAUGGUCAUAUGGCUGAGGCGCUUGAAGCCGGAGGAUUCCUUCCUAUCAGAAAGUCCCAUGAUGCUGCUGUUGGUGCUCUUGUACAUAUGCUGAAGAAAGCACCGCCUCUCCGUCAAGAUUUCUCCACUUCAGAACACCUGCCACAAGGCUCACUCUCUAAAACUUGGAAAAAUAACAUUCAAGAGCCAAAUCAGAUCCUAGAGGCACCAAUUCCAGAGAGCACAAUGUCUUCAGGGAUCAUAACAACUAGGAAAACAACCACUGAUGCAUUGGAAGAGUUCCAUGGUUACAGAGAGAUGAAAAACGUGUUGCUUUUGCGAGGUAGUAAGCCCCCCAUAUAGUACAUACUACAUAGUAAGCUUACGCUUCUGCCGAUGACUUCUAUGCUGAUGUUAAAUCAGUAAAACAUAUGUACAUCUUUUUUUUCCUUGAUAAAUCAGUCAUCUGUUUUUGGUUUUGAAAAUAUGUAUAAAUAUAAUGAUCAAGUCUUAGACUGUUGAAUUUUUUAUUUAAUUAUUAGUUCCGACUUCUGAGCUGUCUGGCAUGGUACAGCCUUAUAUUGUGUAUAAUACAUGAAACUUCUAAUAGUCACUCAUUGUAUAUAACAAGGCAGGAGCUUUAUUUACCGGCAGGAGCUUCAUUUA